AUGCAAGCGAACUUGGGCGCCAUUGCAGCUCUAGACAUGACGACGACAGCCUCGCUGACGCCUCCAGUGCUUGAGAAGCGCCCACAGAAUGUACCGUUUGGCAAAGUCCCGGGCGAAAACCGCGGCAAGCAGCCGAUGGAGCCGAUCAUCUACCUCGAAGAUCCGUACUAUUACGUCCGCGACGAUACCCGCACCAACACGGAGAUCUUGGACCACUUGAGGGCUGAAAACGCUUACACGAAGGCGGCGUUGAGUCACUUGGACAGUCUGCAGGAUGAGUUGUACAAGGAGUUGCUCAGCCACGUGCAGGAAACUGACCAGACGGCACCGUACCCCCACGGUGACUUUGUGUACUACACGCGCACGGAAGAAGGCAAGGCGUACGGCAUCCACUACCGCAAGCCUCGUCAUGAUGAUGGCGCCGAGAAAAUCUUGCUUGACGUCAACAAAUUGGCGGAAGGCCACGCGUACUGCGGCGUCCGCAGCGUCGAAGUGAGUCCUGACCACAAGUUGCUCGCGUACUCGGUGGACUUUAUGGCCUACCAAACGUACGACAUUUAUAUCAAGGAUUUAACCACCAACACCAUAAACAGGGCCGUGGAAGGGUGCGAUGGCACGAUCGUGUGGGGUCGGGACGCUGAGACGCUGUUUUAUGUGACACAGGACGCCGCCCACCGCAGCCACAAGGUGUGGUCGCAUCUGAUAGGCGCGCCGCAGUCGGAUAACACGAGUCUUUUCACCGAGGACGACGAGAUGCUCUUCGCCGAUCUGUUGAAAACCAGCUCUGGCCGGUUCCUUGUCAUUCAUUCCUCGUCCGAAGAGACCAGUGAAGUGCGCGUGCUCGAUUUGCACGACCCCCAACCGUCCUUGGCUGUCGUCGCACCACGUGUUCAGGGUGUGCAAUACACGGUCGAGCACUGGCAAAACGAGUUGUUGAUCUCGACGAAUCGAGACGGCGACGUCAACUUCAAACUGAUGUCGGUGCCACUCCAUAUCGUGUUGGACAAACAAAAGGCGGCACAAAACUCCCAAUGGACACCCGUGUUUUCUUAUGAUCCGACUGUGAAAGUGGAGUCCGUGAUCUGCUUCGAGUCGUUUUUUGUGCUCAACGGGCGCCAAGACAGCCUCACCCAGCGCUGGAUCUGCGGUAGAGACAGCAACAACUCGACGUGGCAUAGGACCCGCCUCAACAUGCCCGAAACCAUCUACUCUCUGGGCACCGCUAAAAAUGUUGAAUACGCCACGACUAAGUUCCGAUACACGUACAGCUCCCUGACGACCCCCGUGCAAACUGUGGAGUAUGACUUUAUAUCGAACAAGACGGUGAUUUUGAAGGAAACGCCGGUGCCGUACUACGAUCGUUCGUUGUACCAUAGCGAACGGGUGGAGGCUACGGCAAGCGACGGCACAACCAUUCCCAUGAGUGUGAUCUAUCGAAAGGAUAAGAAGAAAGCGGAGGGCAACCCGCAAGCGCUGCAUUUGUAUGGGUAUGGGUCGUACGAAAUGUCGGUUGAACCGAACUUCGAAGCCACGAUUUUGCCCUUUUUGGACCGCGGCGUGGUGUAUGUGAUCGCGCAUAUCCGUGGCGGCGGUGAAAACGGACGCACGUGGUAUGAAGCGGCCAAGUACCUGACCAAGAUGACAACAUUUACCGACUUUAUUGCGUGCGCUGAGCACUUGGUGGCCACCAAGGUAACGUCCCCAAGCCACAUGACGUGCGAAGGCAGUAGCGCUGGCGGGUUGCUUAUUGGGGCAGUAUUGAACAUGCGUCCGGACUUGUUUAUAGCGACGAUCGCGACAGUGCCGUUUGUCGAUGUGAUGAACAGCAUGUGCGACUCCACGAUUCCACUCACGACGAUGGAAUGGACUGACUGGGGCAACCCGAAUGAACUCGAAUAUUUCGAGUACAUGUUGCAAUAUUCACCCUACGACAAUGUGCAAGCCCAAGCGUAUCCAAACCUGCUCGUGACCAGUGGCCUCUUUGAUUCCCGCGUGGGGUAUUGGGAACCCACGAAAUGGGUGGCGAAGUUGCGUGACCUGAAGACCGACAACAACCAAGUACUGCUCAAGAUGGAUCUGGACGGUGGGCACAUGAGUGUGAGCGAACGAUACCAAUUGCUCAAAAAGAAGGCGGUGGAACUCAGUUUCCUCUUGGACCAGCUCAAGUGCCACGAAAAGUAGUUACCCACGCACAGUCCACUUUACAACGAUAUAUCAACUGUAUUCUGUUCCG